AUGUCAAACACAUCCGACCGUGCCCCUGUGGCUGAUCAGGCCGAGCUCAAUGCCUGGUUCCCGUCCAAGUACUCUCUCACACAGUACACUUCCCCCAAAACCGACUUCGACGGCGCCGACUAUCCUAAUGCCUACACUGGUGGGAAAUGGAAGGUUCUCCUCAUUGCCACCCAGGAGCGCUACCUCAGGAUGGCUGGCGGCGAGUUCUUCUCCACCGGCAAUCAUCCGGUAGAAACGCUGCUGCCAAUGGUCCAUCUUGAUGCCGCCGGCUUCGACAUUGACAUUGCUACCCUAUCCGGCGCCCCCGUCAAAUUUGAAGUAUGGGCGUUCCCCAAGGAAGACGAAGCAGUAAAGAAAAUCUACGCCAAGUACGAGGACAAGCUCCGUAGCCCGCUCAAUCUACAGGACAUUUGGGGCAAGGACGGUUUCACCAGCGAGACGCCGUACCUGGGCAUCUUCAUCCCGGGCGGCCACGGCGCACUCAAUGAUGUACCCUUUUCCAAACUCGUCGGAGACAUCAUCCGCUGGGCACACGAUAACCAGAGGUACUAUCUUACCUUGUGCCACGGUCCCGCGAGCAUGCUGGCCGCCAACGUGGGCAAACCCGAAGGAAGCAAAUACAUAUACGACGGGUACGAGAUUGUGGUGUUCCCGGACUCGCUGGACACUGGUGCGAACAUUGACAUGGGUUAUAUUCCCGGCAAGAUGCCGUGGCUUAUGGGCGAAGAACUAAAGAAACUUGGUGUCAAGCCACUCAACGAGGACAUGACUGGGCAAGUUCACCGGGACAGGUUUCUUCUUACGGGUGAUUCGCCCCUGGCCUCAAAUGCAUUGGGCAAGCUUGCUGCCACUACACUGCUUGAGGAUGUGGCCAAACGUGGUUGA